AUGGCAUCCAGAGCUCAAGCAAUCACUGCCUUUGUCCUUUGCCUGAACCUGAUUUUCUUCAGCAUGGUGAGUGCAAGUGGCACUUGCUCAAUUGAUUACACCAAGCUGAAACUCGGUACUAAUUACUGCUCCCCACUUGCAUCUCUUCUUGACCUUGAUGCUGCUAUUUGCCUUUGUGCUGCACUCAAAGCUAAUCUGCUGGGCAUCGUUCUCGACCUUAACGUUGCCUUGGGCGUGUUCCUCACCACCUGCGGCAAGACGCUUCCAUCUGGAUUCAUUUGCCACUAA